UAAACGUUUUUACUUUUAUCAGAAAACCCUUUUGGGAUUUUUAGAAUAGGAAAAGGCCGUGAUUUAAAAAACCCUGAAUUUCUUUGGGAUUUUAAAAUACCUGAAUGUUUUUUUUGUGACAUGAAGAAACCUCAACCGUUCUUCAGAACAUAAUUUAGUCGUAUUUUAGAAAACAAAAAUUAGUUUUUUGAUAAGAAUAAGAAACUUUUAAACAGUUAUGAUAUGGUUGAAAUGGUUAUACCCUUUAAACGUUUUUCACGCACGGUUAUACCCUUUUUUUUGGUUUUCCUCAUGGAAAUGGAAAUUUCUUUUUAGGGCUUUUUGAAAUACCCUUUUUUUAGAGUGUAUUCAUAGCUUCUGUACUUUGGCUGUUGAAUAAUAAUAUAUGUUUUCGGUUAUUGUUUAGGUUUUGUUCAAGAAAUGUGCAAAAUACGUGAUGAAGAAAUAGAAUCAGUUUGGCGCGAAAUAGAAGGUUCAAUGGCACAACUUCCUUAUGAUUGCAAAAGUAACGCUAAAAAGAAAUCUGAUCAUUUAGCAGUAGCAACAGCAGCUAAAACAAUGCCACCACCAUUUGGGAUAGAUAAAUCACCAACAACCAUUGAUAGUUCAAUUUUAGAUAAAACAACAACAGAAAUAUGA